ACAGUUACUCUGAGCUGUGAUGUGGGACAGUUAACUGGACAGACGGUUAUCUGGUUCAAAGACUUCAUGAGAAUACAAACUGGUGAUGAAACAAAAACACUGAGAGAUGUGAGAGUCUCUGAUGGAGGAAAAUAUUCGUGUACUGUAGGAGGAAAGACCACACAAAGCCAAAUAGUCAUGCUAACAGUAAGAGAGAGACCCAAGCCUGCAUUGCGUGUUCAGCCUGAUGGACGUGUGUUCAGAGGACAGACGGUCACGCUCACAUGUGACAUACAGGAGACAAACGUCAGCAGCUGGAGCUACAGCUGGAAUAAAGAUGAUUCAGUGAUUCAUGUCAGUCAAUCACAGGAAUACCGAAUCAGUUCUGUUAAUGAAUCUCACACGGGUCAUUACAGCUGUGCUGGAAACGAGACCCAAGGAUCACGAUACUCACACACCAGUGAUAAAGUUACACUGACCGUAUCAGGUGAGAGUCUUUAUAUCUGUUUAUCACUCUGA